UCUUGCGCCUCAAGCUCUUGUUAAACACGCUGGAUUUAGGUCGUCCAGCCUCAUUUUAACAUGACAACAGGCUUAUCCGGAGAAUAAGAACCACCAGUAGAGGGAAAACAUCCCUGGGCAGAAAAUGCGAUCGCGUUAACAGGUGUUUAUUGUGGCUGCGCAUUACAGCGCACUCGCUCCCUCACUCCUUUUAUUCACUUUCUCUCCCACUCACUCUCUCUCUCUCUCUCUCUCUCUCUCACUCUCUCUCUCUCUGCCUCUGUGCUGCUGGUCCUCCCAUGUGAUGCCGUGAAUGUUUUGGUGGCAUCAUGUGAAACGCGUUUUGGGGAUUUGGACAGAACCAAAGCACGGUUCCUAGGUGCAGUGCUGAGAGAGUGACACCUCUUGGAGAGGAAGGCUGUCGGCUGUCGAAAGUGGACGCUGUGUUGAUCCUUUCCUGAAGAUUAAAAUGCAUCAUUCGGGAGACGCGCGCGUGAAUCCGAGCGCAGUUUGCAUUUCAUUGCUGAAAGGAGUGUAAACUCGAGUUAGACUUUACAGUUCUGGCGCAACUUUGAAUGCAUUGUGUGAUUUUUUUUCUUCCCUUUUCACAACGAAUGAUGACGGUUGCUGUGAUAUGCGAAGUCGGAUGUGAGUGGGUUAACAGAUCCGUGUAGAAAUCCGGCUGAGGAGGAGCGGAGGGGUGCAAUCAGCCUCUCUCUGCGCGCGCUUUCGGGCGGCUCGUCGCCACACUGGCGAUGGCGGCGGCGAUCGCAAGCUCCCUGAUUCGGCAGAAAAGGCAGGCGAGGGAGCGCGAGAAGUCCAACGCCUGCCGCUGCGCCAGCAGCCCGAACAAAGCCAAAAGUGCAUGCGAGAAACCGAGCCGCCUCAGCGUCUUCUCCCGGGUCAAGCUCUUCGGGUCUAAGAAGCGCCGGAGGAGACGACCAGAGCCCCAGCUGAAGGGGAUUGUGACGAAGCUGUACAGUCGGCAGGGCUUCCAUUUGCAACUCCAGGCAGAUGGAACCAUUGAUGGAACUAAAGAGGAGGACAGCAGUUUCACCAUGUUCAACCUCAUCCCAGUGGGUCUGCGAGUGGUAGCCAUCCAGGGCGUCCAGACCAAACUGUACCUGGCCAUGAACAGUGAAGGCUACCUGUACACAUCAGAACAUUUCACACCUGAGUGCAAAUUUAAAGAAUCGGUGUUCGAGAACUACUACGUGACAUAUUCCUCCAUGAUAUACAGACAGCAGCAGUCAGGCAGAGGCUGGUACCUGGGCCUGAACAAAGAGGGCGAAAUCAUGAAGGGCAACCAUGUAAAGAAGAACAAGCCUGCCGCACAUUUCCUGCCCAAACCUUUGAAAGUGACCAUGUAUCGGGAGCCCUCUCUGCAUGACCUGACUGAGUUCUCGCGCUCUGGCAGUGGUACGCCCACCAAGAGCCGGAGUGCAUCAGCUGUCCUUAACGGAGGCAAGGCUGUGAGUCAGAACGAGUCCACGUAGCCCAGCUGCUCUGGCCCGCUUACCCUACGCCUUCACCAAAACCUCCGGAUGCUCGUGACUUCACGCAGACUUCUCUCCAAAAAGAAAAAUAAACAUAACAAAAAAGAUACAAACUUUUGGUGGUUCAGAACAAAGACAGCUGACAUAGCAACACCACACCUUCUCUCAAUCUAGGGUGACAUUUGAUUGGUUUGUUUUGAAAUUAGACUGCUGUAGUUUUUAGACUUUUACUUUUUCACCACAGUAACAGCAUCUUGCAUACGAGCAAACCUUGAUAAUUGUAGCCUUUGAUAUUGCAGGGCAUUAGCCCCUCUCAGGUUGGUUCUAGCACCAAACUGAGUCAGGUUUUGUUUUGGUUUUGUCUAUGAGAAUCACUAGAUGACAUAUCUAGGGCCUGAUCAAUCAAGUGAUGUCCUUAUUAAAAGUUCCAGGCAGGGAGUGAGGGCUGUUACUAUUUUCGGUGCAGCAAUCGAGAAAAUCCCACUGCCCUUCGUGUUUCCUGUGUGUGAAUGGUCAUGCAGAAGGGCAGGCACUAGCUGGGCUGCAUAUGAGUGCACUGGAUCAGAAGACUAGCCCUCUCAACUAUGGAAUUCUUAAAGCCUAUAUUCUGCUUGCUUCACAAAAAAGGUAGAGUGCAUCCUGUCAGAUUCGGCAUAUGUGACUUAAUGCUGUUUACUAAUAGUUUGAAUUAGCCGUUAGCAUAUAUUCCUUCUCUGUCCUUUGUGUUGCUCACCACUUUCAAAAAAUCAAUGUUCUUCAUGGCCCUAUCAGUAAAUGGAGAUUCCAGCACACCAAAGACAGAAGUGUAAGAAAGUCCCUUUAAGAAGUCUAACCAUGACAAGGAAAGAUAGACUUUAAUGCUGGUUAUUUACCUUUUUCUCUGAGAAAGGUGUUUGAGGUGGGCUGCUUGCAUUGUAGCGGUGAGGGCGCAGUAUUCUGGAAAAGUGCUUUUGUUGACAUGCAUUUGCCUUCAUGUCUCAUUGGGUUACAUUGUCUUUGUCUACGGCCCCUUUAUAGUGUCUGCCUUGCCUGCUCAUAUCUAUUCUCGUUUUUGUCUGAACCUGGUCAUCAGUACUUAAGACUGCCAGGACAUGUUAACCCAUCUCAAACCCCAGACUCCAUUUCGUGUGUGAGUAGCUUAUUGUGGUGAUGGUUUUCUAUAUAAAGAAAAGACAUUCUGUGGAAUUUUAGGUGGCUUCACAUUUUAUAUGUCUUAUUUGUAAAAGUGAAAAAAAAAUCUUGAAAAAUAAGAAAAAGAAAAAAGUAAACUCUCUUGUACAGGGCAUGUACAAACCCAAGUUGUGUACAAAUGAAGACCCUUUUUGUGGGCUACUGUAUGUACUCUUUCCCUCUGAACAACGUAAUUUAAUCAAAAUCGCUUUGGGGACUAUCUUGGCUGUUUGUUUCUGGGCUUUUCUGCAUUUUUUUAGGUGAACAUAUCUGUUGCAUGGGACACAUUGGGAAUUGGAGGACUAGAGCUGCAUGAUGUAGGCUAUGUGUAUUAAACCCACGUUGGAUUACAUGUUCUAAACUACCAGGGAUAAACCAGAAAACCAUACGUCCCUAUGGGUUCUAUGCCCGUUACCUUCCAGUUGUUUCUUAUUUGUUGUAUACGCAAAAUGCACUGAAUAAAAUGUUUAUAUUAAGCUAUACUUUUAAAA